UGGGCCGUGGAAGCAGGGUUGGAGGGUGAGAUACGAAGGGAACGAGUGGGAUUCGGAGACCUUGAAGGUUUUUGUGGUCCCUCAUUCGCAUAAUGACCCGGGUUGGAAGCUCACUGUUGAGGAGUAUUAUGAUCGACAGUCGAGGCAUUAUCUUGAUACCAUCGUCGAGGCUCUUUCGAAGGAUCCUCGCUGCAAAUUUAUAUGGGAGGAGAUGUCUUAUUUGGAGAGAUGGUGGAAGGAUGCCUCAGAAACUAAAAAAGAAUCUUUCAUCAAUCUAGUGAAGAAUGCACAGUUAGAAAUUGUUGGAGGUGGGUGGGUGAUGAAUGAUGAGGCUAAUUCACAUUAUUUUGCUAUCAUUGAACAGUUUACUUUCAAUCUAAUGGCCAAACAUAUCAUGAGCCUGGAUCCUGGAAAGCAAGAGACAGAAGAGCUGAAGAAAGAGUACAUUACUUUCAUGAAAGGAGUUGUAUCUCCUCCUUUGAACUUGCCUGGACCACCAUACAGAAAAGCCUUGAAGUCUCGAUCAACAAUCCUUAAAUUCAUAGAGGAAAAAAUGGAAGAGAGGAUGGAGAAGAUGGGAGAAAAAACAGAGAAUUUGGAGGAUGAUGAUCUUUUGGGAUGGGCAUUGAAGCAUUCAAACCUCUCAAAGGAGCAAAUUUUGGACUUGGUACUGAGCUUGCUGUUUGCAGGCCAUGAGACUUCUUCUGUUUCCAUAGCUUUAGCCAUAUAUUUCUUGCAAGACUCUCCCAAUGUUGUUCAGCAGUUGACCUGCUUGCUAGUGAAAGGAUGGAAGGGAACAAGCUGGAGUUUUCCCCGUGGGAAAAAGAACAAAGAUGAGGAAGACCAUGCAUGUGCUGUUAGAGAACUUCCUUAACAGUUUUGUUUAAGCAUAUUGGGAACACUGAUGAGCCUAGCACCGAGGAAAUCAUUUAUGAGGCUAGCACCGUGGAAAGCAUUCGUGAAAAGGUUUUAUGCUUUAUCAGGGAUAAGGUGAGAUAUUUCCUAAUGUUUUUAUUAGUUCCUUGAUUCCCCCUGGCAUAUGUGAACCAUAACUGCUGCAAUUUUUCAGGUGUUUCCAAUUAAAGCAGAACUAUUGAAGCCACAGGAGUAGAUGGAGAGACAUAUAACUGAUUUGGUGAAAAAAGUAUGACCCUGUUCAUAAUUCUUUUGUUCAUUAGUCUAUUCUAUUCUUUAAUUAUUUUUUUUUGUGCUUAUAUGCCAUGUCAUCUUUUGCCGAUAUGGUGGGUCACUUGGUUCCAUUUUCCCAUCUAUAUAGUAGGAUGCCAAAUUUUGGGUCCUUGUUUUGUUUGUCAUUUGUGUUCUUAUAUAUUUUUGAGAGGUUGAUUGAGUGGUGUUCCAGAGUUUGCAAGAUGUAACGGAGGCAGAAUUUAAAUUGUUCAUGGACUUCUUGAGAAGCUUGAGUUUAUUCGGUCAGAAUGCUCCUGUUGAGCAUGUUCAGGAACUUGUUGAAAUUAUUGAAGGGCAGGCUGAUCUAGAUGCACAGUUUAAUGUUUCAGAUGGUGACCACAUUGACAGAUUAAUAUCUUGCCUGCAUAUGGCUCUUCCAUUUUUUACGAGGGGUGCAUCAAGUAAUAGGUUUCUCAACUAUUUGAACAAGAAUAUUGUACCUGUUUUUGAUAAGGUAAUUAGUACUUUCCACUAAUUAUUUUAUUUGGAGAUUAAAAUAAAUAGUAGAGUUUGUAAUUGUCCUACAUUUUGCGCAUUUGAACUAGACCCAACGUUUAUAAUGUCCCAACUUUGUUUUUGCCAACUUACAUUA